AUGGGCCGAGAAGGAAAAUGUACGUUCGGAACGCGGAUGCCGAUCGACAUUCACAUGCUUAACGAAAUCAUAUACAGAGAAGUGAAACACUUUCGCAAUUAUAAGAUAUAUAGACCGAACUUUGGAUCUAUACCAGUGACGGGCAAAUUCUAUGCCGCUCAUGACCAGCUCAAAGCAGAAUCGAAAGAGCAAACUGAGAAGGUCGAUAACUAUCAUCACAACGUUGCGCAGACGAGGGCUAAGGGACCACAUAGCAAAUACCCUGCACCGGCGACUGACAACCAAGUUUAUGGCUGGUACGACCAACCAUUAGUUCCAAUGGACCGUAACGACCGACGCUUCUAUCAUCCGAAGAGGGAGAGCUCACACACUAAAGUCGAAAUCAUUAUCCUCAUGUCUAACCCGAGGAAAAGAGGACAAACCUCGCAAGAUGUCCCACGAAAGGUGAAAUAAAUGCCUAAAUUGGAAUUAACAAGCAAAAAAAUAAGAUAAAAAGACACUUCCAAGCGCAGCGUAAACCGCUUUGGGCCAGAUUAUCUCAAGAUCUGUACUCAAACAUUUUAAUACUUUGAUAGCUCUAUACUGCUCAGUAUAAACGUGUUAAUAAAAAUAUGUCUAAUUUAA